AUGCAAGCACCAGUUGUAUACUUGAAUACUUCUACUCAAAGGCAAACAGGUAGACAGGCCCAAGUGGCAAACAUCACUGCCGCGAAAGCAGUUGCUGAUAUUAUUAGAACAUGUUUGGGCCCAAAGGCCAUGCUUAAAAUGUUGUUGGACCCCAUGGGUGGUAUAGUGUUGACCAAUGAUGGGCAUGCGAUUCUUAGGGAGAUUGAUGUGUCCCAUCCUGCUGCCAAAUCAAUGAUUGAACUAUCAAGGACCCAGGAUGAAGAAGUCGGAGAUGGAACCACCACAGUCAUUAUCUUGGCAGGAGAAAUCUUGGCCCAGACCUUUCCAUAUAUCGAAAAGAACAUUCACCCAGUUAUCAUCAUUCAAGCCUUGAAACAAGCUUUGAAGGAUGCGUUGGAGGUUAUACAUGAAGUUUCCAGACCAGUUGAUAUAAACAAUGAUAAGGCAAUGAUCCAAUUAAUAAAGGCAUCCAUUGGUACUAAGUACAUUAACAAAUGGGCCGAUAAAAUGUGUGAAUUGAGCUUGCAAGCCGUUAGAACUGUCAUGGUUCAGAAGGGAGAUUACAAAGAGAUUGACGUGAAAAGAUAUGUAAGAAUCGAAAAAAUUCCUGGUGGAGAAGUUGCCGAUUCUGAGGUUCUUGAUGGAAUUUUGUUGAACAAAGAUGUCGUACAUCCAAAAAUGAAAAGACACAUUGAAAACCCUAGGAUCAUAUUAUUAGAUUGUCCAUUGGAGUACAAGAAAGGAGAGUCGCAAACAAAUAUAGAAAUUACGAAAGAGGACGAUUGGAACAGGAUCUUACAAAUCGAAGAAGAGCAAGUUAAGUUGUUGUGUGACCAAAUUUUGGAAUUCAAGCCCGAUUUAGUUAUAACAGAAAAAGGUGUAAGUGAUUUGGCACAACACUACCUCUUGAAGGGCGGUGUUUCGGCAUUGAGGAGGGUGAAAAAGUCGGACAACAACCGAAUUGCCAGAGCAACAGGAGCAACCAUUGUAAAUAGGGUUGAGGAUUUGAAGGAGUCUGAUAUUGGCACCAAAUGCGGUGAGUUCAAGGUUGAAUUGAUCGGCGAUGAAUACUUUGCAUUUCUUGUCAAAUGCAAAGACCCCCAAGCUUGUACUGUUAUAUUGAGAGGUGCGUCGAAAGACAUUUUGAAUGAAAUAGAAAGAAACCUACAUGAUGCCAUGGCAGUUACUAGAAAUGUCAUGUUUGAACCCUCAUUGAGUCCUGGUGGAGGUGCCACUGAGAUGGCUUGUAGUGUUAGAUUGGCUGAAAAGGCAAAAACCAUUGAAGGCGUGGAGCAAUAUCCAUAUCAAGCUGUUGCAGAUGCAUUUGAAGUUAUACCUAGGACACUAAUUCAGAAUUGUGGUGGAAAUCCAAUCAAAGUAUUAUCACAAUUAAGAGCCAAGCAAGCGCUGGGAAAUUACACUUUUGGAAUAGAUGGGGAAAAUGGUAAAGUGGUGGAUAUGACUGACUAUGGAAUUUGGGAACCUGAGGUUAUCAAACAACAAUCAAUAAAGACUGCGAUUGAGAGUGCCUGUUUACUUUUGAGAGUGGACGAUAUUGUUAGUGGAGUACGUCAAACCCAAGGUUAA